AAGCGGUAGACCAAUGAGAGCGGAGAGGAGGCGGACUCUCUCCUGUAGCCAGGCGGGGGCAUUUGGCCCUCGAUCAAGUUUGGUUGGCAGGCAGCAGAAAGCGGGUGCGCAGACCCGACUGCCAGUGUCCAUUGCAACUAAAAUGUAGACACCACUGGCUCAGUUCAAUAGAUUUAUCUUUCCCUCUUAUUUUGGCAAAAUAAGUGCUUUAAUUCUUUCGCUGCUUUUCCUCUCCACGGAUCACUGGACCCGUGCAAAGCCCCUGAAAAAAUCAAUUUUGAACCAUUCCGGAGAAAAGGAGACGGACUGUAUUUGAUGCCUGGAAAUACUGCUGUCUACAUUUCGUUACGAACUAGAGGAUUGCUUUGAAUCAGCAAACGGACAACAACGACAAAAAAUAAAAGUAACAUCUGCCACUCACAAUGUGAGUCUACUGUUUUAUAUACACGCCGCAGCGAUGUGUUAAUGCGUCUGCUGGUGAAUGUAGUCUUUCUUGUAAGUCGAGGCUGAUUCGGUGUCCGGCUUUGUUUGCUAUAGGGCCGCGGAAGAGGAGGGGAUGAGGCCGAGCUGAUCACCCUGUCUGUUGUGCAUCGAUGAAGCAUCUGACACUGCCUCAGAUCUGACACUGUCUUGGUUUCAUCGUAGAAGAGAUCACCACGUAUCGUCCGCCAGUUCUGCACGCUCCGCCCAGACAGGACGGACGAUCAAUGGUCAUUACUCUUCCCCCUUUCAGUUACAAGGAUGAAGAAUUUAAAGCAACAUAACUACUUCCCAGUAAGGAAAGGAAAAGGGUGAUAACCGAAAGAAACACAUAUAAAACAUUACUUCCAGGACUACAACAAAAAACUCUUAAGUUUCCUGGGAUCCGCGCCAUCGAGUCUGUGGAUCAUUUACUGUGGAAUUAACUCACGGAAUCGAACCUUCUUGGGACGGACUGCUGCUUUGUUUUAUGUUCCUGCAUUACAAGCUUUCAUUUUAACCAGUGCACAUUUGUCCGUUGUUGGACAAGGCGGAGAUGGAGCCGACCACCGGAAUCCUUUAUACCUAAAUUUCAGCAAGGAUCACCGGUGAGAAUAUUGCGAGAUUACUGUCCCAGUAUAAAAAAAAGGAGCGGCGUUGCAAACGAGAGAGAAAGGGCUGGAAUUUUGGGACUCGCGUUGGGGUAAAUGGAAUUGGAAGAGGAGAGGAUUUGAUACGGUGGGUGGACCAAGAAAGAGGCAAAAAAAAACGAAGCCACCUGAAAGUUUGUGUGGGGAGGGUGAUAAAGGGGAACGCGCUGGUGUGAGAAUGGUGAAGCAGUUCGUCUCGGCCUGAUCCAAGGAGGGGAAAAAAAGAGGGAGUUUUUGGCCGAGACAAAGGGUGCCCGAGACCAUGUCGAGGGCGAACAGUGUGAGCCCGCCCGGCGUUGGGGCGCAGCAGCUCACCGAGCACCGUGCGGCUUGGGCAGAGGGCAGCCCGGACUCCCGGGCCAACGGCGCGCCGACCUCGGGCCAGAGCCGCGACAAGCGCUGGAGGGAGGUGGGCGAUGCCGACGGCCCGGGGGGCUUCGCGGGAAAAAGCUGCAGGACGAGCCUGAGGUCCAAGCCGGCUUGGCAGGAGGAAGCGAGCAGGGAGAGGGCGGCGGCGGGUAGCCGCAGCAACGUGGUCCGCCUGGACGGUGAGGUGAGACCCAGGUCGGUGGAAGUGGGGCUGGAGGAGGGGGCCCGCUCCCGGCUGGCCGACGUGGACUCCUCGGCCUCGGAUGUGGACCUGUCCUUUGCCGACUGCGGCAACAGCCUCCUCCGCAUCCUCCAGUCCAAGAAAUUCCAAUCGGAAAAGCUGGAGAGACUGUACCAGCGCUACUUCUUUCGCCUCAACCAGAGUAGCCUGACCAUGCUGAUGGCCGUCCUCCUGCUCCUUUGCGCGGUCAUGCUGGUUUUCUACUGCGCCGCGGGCGGCCGCCAUCUGGCCUACCUGCUGGUGCUGGGCUCCUCCAUGCUCCUCAUCCUGCUUCUGAUCGUGCUGUGCAACCGUAACUCCUUCCACCAGGACCACAUGUGGGUCAUCUGCUACCUGGUGGUGGCCGUCAUGCUGGCUGUGCAAGUCGUGGGCGUGCUGCAGGUCGAGCCCCGCGCCGCCUCUGAGGGCGUCUGGUGGACCGUCUUUUUCAUCUACAUCAUCUACACACUACUCCCCAUCCGCAUGAGAGCGGCGGUGAUCAGCGGCAUCCUCCUCUCCGCUAUCCACCUGGGCAUCUCCUGGAGGAGGAACCAGGCCGACUCCUUCCUGUGGAAGCAGUUGGUCUCCAAUGUGCUGAUCUUCUCUUGUACCAACAUUGUUGGCGUCUGCACCCAUUACCCCGCUGAGGUGUCGCAGCGACAGGCAUUUCAGGAGACUCGAGAAUGCAUCCAAGCACGGCUGCACUCACAGAAGGAAAAUCAGCAACAGGAACGUCUCCUGUUGUCUGUGCUCCCACGCCACGUUGCCAUGGAAAUGAAGGCUGACAUUAACGCAAAGCAGGAGGUCAUGAUGUUUCACAAGAUUUAUAUACAGAAGCACGACAAUGUCAGCAUCCUCUUCGCAGACAUCGAGGGCUUCACCAGCCUGGCCUCGCAGUGCAUGGCUCAGGAGUUAGUCAUGACCCUCAAUGAACUUUUUGCCAGAUUUGACAAGCUUGCAGCAGAGAACCAUUGCCUACGUAUCAAGAUCCUAGGUGAUUGCUAUUACUGUGUGUCGGGCUUACCCGAAGCCCGGGCUGACCAUGCUCAUUGCUGUGUCGAAAUGGGAGUGGAUAUGAUUGAGGCCAUUUCGUUGGUGCGAGAGGUGACAGGAGUGAACGUGAAUAUGCGCGUUGGGAUUCACAGUGGCCGAGUGCACUGCGGGGUCCUGGGACUCCGCAAGUGGCAGUUCGAUGUCUGGUCAAAUGACGUCACCUUGGCCAACCAAAUGGAAGCAGGAGGCAAGGCAGGGAGAAUCCACAUUACCAAAGCCACGCUAAACUACCUUAACGGGGAUUACGAAGUGGAGGCAGGUUACGGCGGUGACAGGAAUGCUUACCUGAAGGACCACAACAUCGAGACCUACCUCAUCAUGGGCUGCAGCCAGAAACGGAAGGAAGAGAAAGCAAUGAUAGCGAAACUGAACCGGACACGGUCUAACUCGAUAUCCAAUCUUGGCUCGCCAUGGAACGUGGAGCGUCAGUUCUACAACCACAUUUCCAAAGAGAUGAAGACUAUGGGCAUCGUGGACUACAUGGCCAAGGACAACAGAAGCAUUCAAGAAAACAUGAACCCGGAGGAGGAAGUGGAUGAGUUUCUGGGACGAGCAAUCGAUGCCAGAAGCAUAGAUCGGCUGCGUUCCGAGCACGUGCGGAAGUUCCUCCUAACCUUCAGGAAGCCGGAGCUAGAAAAGAAGUAUUCCAAGGAGGUGGAUGACCGAUUUGGUGCCUACGUGGCCUGUGCUUGCUUGGUCUUCCUCUUCAUCUGUUCUAUUCAGAUCAUCAUCAUUCCACACUCUGUGCUGAUGCUAAGCUUCUACCUGAUAUGUUUGAUCAUUCUGGCCAGUGUGCUUUUUGUCUCCACCAUCUACAGCUGUGUUAAGAUCUUCCCGGUCCCACUGCAGCUCCUGUCAAAGAAGAUCGUCCAGUCAAAGAUGAACAGCACCAUUGUUGGGGUCUUCACCAUCUCACUGGUCUUCCUGUCUGCCUUUGUCAACAUGUUUGUCUGCAACACCCAGGAUCUACAGAGCUGUGUCGCCAAAGAGUUCAACACUACCCUUAGUAACGUCAAUGCCUGUCACAUUGUCAAUUCAUUCUCAAACUACAGUCUGGACUUGGAAACAGUCGAAUGCGGUGGCAAACAACCCAGCUGUAACUUCCCUGAGUACUUCACCUACUGCGUACUGUUGAGCUUGCUGGCCUGCGCUGUCUUCCUACAGAUCAGCAGUAUCGGGAAGCUCUUCCUCAUGUUGACCAUUGAGCUGAUAUACAUCAUAAUGUUGGAGGUGCCUGGAGUCACCCUCUUUGACAAUGCGGACCUGCUGAUCAUUGCCAAUAGUCUCGUCCCCUCGAAUGAAACGUGGACUUGUUCACCACUAUUCUCAAAAGUCUCUCUGAAGAUCAUGACGCCAGUUAUAAUCACAGUGUUUGUCCUGGCUCUGUACCUUCACGCACAGCAAGUAGAGUCGACUGCCAGGCUGGACUUCCUGUGGAAGCUGCAGGCCACAGAAGAGAAGGAAGAAAUGGAAGAACUUCAGGCCUACAACAGACGCCUUCUACACAACAUCCUGCCCAAAGAUGUCGCUGCCCACUUCCUUGCUCGGGAGAGACGCAAUGACGAGCUGUACUACCAGAGCUGUGAAUGCGUGGCAGUGAUGUUUGCCUCCAUCAGCAACUUUUCUGAGUUCUACGUGGAGCUGGAGGCCAACAACGAAGGGGUCGAGUGUCUCCGGCUCCUGAAUGAGAUCAUUGCUGACUUUGAUGAGAUCAUCAGCGAAGACCAGUUCCGUCAGCUGGAGAAGAUUAAGACUAUAGGCAGUACAUAUAUGGCAGCAUCCGGUCUGAAUGAUUCUACUUAUGACAAAGUCGGCAAGACACACAUCAAAGCUCUGGCUGAUUAUGCCAUGAAGUUAAUGGACCAGAUGAAGUAUAUCAACGAGCAUUCAUUCAAUAACUUCCAGAUGAAAAUAGGACUCAACAUCGGGCCCGUGGUAGCUGGAGUCAUUGGAGCUCGCAAGCCUCAAUACGACAUCUGGGGAAAUACUGUCAAUGUAGCAAGUCGAAUGGACAGCACGGGAGUCCCAGACAGAAUUCAGGUGACUACAGAUAUGUACCAAGUCCUGUCAGCUGAAAGCUAUCGCUUGGAGUACCGGGGCCUGGUUAAGGUCAAAGGCAAGGGUGAGAUGUCCACGUAUUUCCUGAACGAGGGUCCGGACAGCAGUUAGCGACAACAAGCACGGUCAUAAAGAACUCUGGUCAUCAGAUGCUCAGAAAGCCGUUGCCAUUUUUGUGAUAAGGAGGGAUGGACUGAGGGCCAGCAGCUUUAAAACAACAGCUGAGCGAUGUUAUCAACCCUGACAAGACACCAGGUGGAGCACUUCUCAAAUACAUCCUUCACCCUCACCCAACCAACACAGAUACACAAAAUUAGCUAGGGUAUGUGGAGACCAGUCUGCCCCUCAAGCAUGAGUUCCAAAUCGUGAGUUCACUGCUGAUCUCUGUCGUCAUCUUCACCACCCUGCUUGAUUCCAUAUGAUGAAGGCAACAGGUCCAUGACCACUCUGGGUAGGGUGGAUUCCCAUUGGAGAAGACUCCCCUCCUUCUGUCAUAUAAGCUGAGAAAGUACACCGAAUACUAAGCCUUCUGGUAACUUAAUGUGGCAAGAACAACACAUACUCACAGACACAAUCCCACACACCUACACUCACACACAGAGGCAUCAACACAGAUUUGUAUACUUAAUGCUGGAAUCAGGAACAACGAACAGUCUGCUGGAGGAACUCAGUGAGCUGAGCAGCAUCUGUGGGGGGAGAGAAAUUGUUGCUGUUUUGGGUCUGAAGCCAGCAUCAGGGCAUCACUAAGGUAGACAAAGAUUCUUAAAGAGAAACAGUAAGGAAACAGGCCCUUAAGCCCAUUGGGUCAGUGCUGACCACUAACCUCAUAAGACAUAGGAGCAGAAUGAGGACAUUGGGUCAGCUCCACCAUUCAGUCAAUCGUGGCUAUUUUUCUCAACCCCAUUCUCACAUCUUCUCCCCAUAACCCUUAACCCCCUUACCAAUCAGGAACCUAUCAAUCUCUACCUUAAAGACAGCCAAUUACUUGACCUCCACAGUUCUCAUUGACAAUGAAUUGCACAGAUUCACCACCGUCUGAAGAAAUUCCUCCUCAUCUCUGUGUAAAAGAGGCAUUGCUUUAUUCUAAGGCUGUGCUUCCUAUGCAUCCUCUCUGCGUCUAUUCUAUCCUGGACUUUCAAUAUCCAUUAGGUUUUAAUAUCACCCCCACCACUGAACUCUACCUGCUGGGAGAAAAAGUUGUUGAUGUUACAGGUCAAAAGUGCACCAGGACAGAGUAGGAAGGGAAGAUGAUCAUUAUCUCCUACCUUACAUUCAGUUUCAUGCUCUGAUAACCCUUUGUGUUCCUGCUUAUUUCUCUCCAUCAGCUGUCUUCAGACUUCACCCUCCCCUGCUUGCUUGAUCUGCCUCUUGAUAAAAUGUUCUCUUUCUCUCUGCCUCCAUCUGCCAUUCUCUCAACUCCAGCCCACCCCUAACCAGACACAAUCUGCCUGUCAAUUUACACCCUUCUUCAGUCCACCAAACACCUGGAGCUCAAUACAUACAAAAGCUGGAUGAACUCAGCAGGUCAGGCAGCAUCCAUUGAAAUGAGCAGUCAACUUUUUGGGCUGACCAGUUGAGUUCAUCCAGCUUUUGUACGUGUUGAUUUGACCACAGCAUCUGCAGUGUACUUUGUGUGAACAUCUCGAGCUCUUGUUUCAACUCUCCCCCUCUCUGUACCACUGGUCUCAUCUCUCUGCUGAGUCAUUUACAUACAAAAGUUUUUUCAAUGAAAGGUGAAAUAUUAAAGGGGAAGCUGAGGAAGAACAUCUUCACUCAGAGGAUGGUGUGAGUGUGGAGCGAGCUGCCAGUGGAAGUGGUGGAUAUGUUUUUGUUUGCAACAUUUAAGAGAAGUUUGGAUAAGAACAUGGAUGUUUGGGGUACUGAGGGCUACGGUCCAGGUGUGGGUUGAUAAGACUAGGCAGAAUAACAAUCCACCACAAGCUAGAUGGGCUGAAGGCCUGUUUCUGUAGCAUUCUAUGACUUUAUGACAAUAUCACAACAAAGGCCUAUAUACAAUAUUUAAACUACAUAAAUCACACUAAUUAGAAUACUGACAUAAAUAUCUACAUCACGCUGUGGCCCACUCCGCUCUCAGUCUUGAUGCAGGUUUUGACUGAAAUGUCGAUAAUUUCUUCCUCCACAGAUGCUGCUUAACCCACUGAAUUUGCUCCAUCAGAUUUUAUGAAUAUAUAUAAUGGUUAUACCCACACAAAGAUCAACUAGCACCUAUACACACAGAUGCAGAUGCAUAUACACGAAUACAGAUGAUUCCCUCACAAGACAUAGGCUAGGCAUCGUUGGCAUAGCCCUCUUUAGUUGUUAAUGCCCUAUCCCCACUGUUACGCUCUAGCAACUGCCUUCUUGAAACAUCAUCUCUGACUCCCUCAUUACUGCUGUCAGAAUUUCCAGGAUUUGGAUCGAGUGAUGCUAAAAUAUUAUUUAACUUCAGGGUGAACUGCUACAUGGAGGGGGAACAGCUGGUUACUGUUUCAAUCCCCUUGCUUUACUUGGUUGUAGGGACUCUGGAUGUUGGGAGUGCUAUUGGCGUAUCCUGAGCAAGUAACUUGAGAGCUUUUAUAGAGGGUACAUAAUGAAAAUGUUGGGGGGGGGGGGAACGUAGUUGGUUACUGUUUCAAUCACUUUGUUCUAUUUGAUUGUAGGGAUUGUGGGCUUUGGGAGGUGCUAUUGGUGUAAACUAAGUAACUAGUGCUUUUCUUGAUGGUACAUAAUGCAAAUAUAUGGUGGAUUAGGUGGCAAUUAAAGGGUCCACUAUGAACUGGAUGGUAUUGUGCUUCUUAAGUGCUGUUAGCUUUGCACCUAUCCAUGUGAAUGGGGAAAUAUUCCAUCACGCUCCUGACUUGUGCCUUGUAGAUGGUGGAAGGGCUUUGGAGUGUCGAGAGGUGAGUCUUCUGCCUCUGUUCACUAAGCCUUUGGACGGUCAUUAUUUACAUGGUUGGUCCAAGUUAAGCUUUGUUCUGUGGUAAUCCCCCAGGUUAGUGAUGGGGUUAAUAAUGAUCCCAUUAACUGUCAAGGGGAGUGGUUAGAUGGAGAUGGGAAUCCUGGUACAAAUGUUAUUUGCCAAGUAUCAGACUGUUCCUGAACAGGUCUCAGUACGUUUAUAUUUGACCUGUUCCAUAGCAGUGCACAUCAUCAGAGAUCCCUGUUUUUCAUCACUGAUGCAUCUGAUGAAGUUGGUUGGAUCAAGGCAUAUCCCCAAGGAACAGCUGCACUCAGGUCCUGGGGCUAGGAUGUUUGAUCUAUCAUCUUCCUUUGCAUGAUGUGUGACUCCAGUCACUGGAGUGUUCUCAGCUUCAUGCUCAUUCACUUUAGUUUUACCAGGGUGCCUUGGUGCCUCGCACAUUCAUGUGCUGCCUCUUGUCCACGGGCAGACCAAAGUAGUGAUACGGGGUUUGGAGCCAAAUCACCAGUUUGGAGCUGGUGGAACCCAAACUGGGCAAUGGUGAGCAGGUCUUUGGUAACUACUUAAUAGUCUGUGGAUGAUACCCGGUAUCAUCCUGCCAAUGACUGAAAGUAAAUUAAUGGCACAGGGAUUUUCCAGGUUGUGUUUGUCCUGCUUUUAUGUAGACUGGCCUUACAGGACAAGGUUUCACUUUGUGAAAUUACAUGUUUGUGGCGGAACAGAUUGGCUGGAGGUGUGUCUAAUUUUGGGGCGCUGCAGCCAAAAUGUUGGCUGGUGCCAUACAUACCCUUGGUGUCCAGCAGUAUCAGUCAGUUAUUGUUGUUAGUUGGGCCAAAGACUAGCUUGUGAUGGACGGAAGCGUAUGUGUACGUAAACACAGACAUACAUUCAAACACACAUCCAUGCACUUAUGCGGAUAUACAGACAUAAUUCACACACACCCCCAUGUCCACACCUCUCAGAUGGCCCAGUCUAUAUCACUGGGACAUUACUACACAUCUGCCCAGUUAAAAUAAGCCAAGUUUUCACCCAAUGUAGGUGAAGCUGGUCCAUUUGCCAGCAUUUGUUUGACAAACCAUUGCUGCUCUCUCUGUAGCCCAGACUCUGGAGGUAAGGAGACUGUUUUGUACAUCGGGUCGAUAACCAUGUAAAGUGAAACCAUCCCUCUGUAGUAGAUGAGGAUAUGGGUAUGGGCAAGGGAGUGUUGGUGGGGGAGGAUGAAACACUUUCAAAUCUACCACCUUUUUUUUUAGAGAAUUUGUAAUAUUACUGCAAGUUUAGCAGAGAAUUAGAAUUCUAUAUUUUGUAAAGGUAACAGCGAGUGCUGCGUACACCAGUGUAUAUUAUUCUGAUGUAUUAAUGCCAUUACAAGCACCAACUACAGCACCCUCUCUGUGUAAUACACUGUCUCUUCCAGCAACGCACUCAUCUUGAUUUGCAAUAAGGCUUUGUUGCAUGCUGAAUCCAACGAUGGUCCCCACCCUCUCCUGUGCCACCUGCGUUACCACUCCAAGCCCCCUUCCCCUGGCUUCGCACAAUCCCUCCCUUCCUCCCAUAUUCUUCCCUGCAUUCUUAAAACAAUUAUCUGGUUCCAUGGGCCGAUGAACUGCAGCAUUACAAGCACUGUAUGAGCAGUCUGCGAGCAGGGAUCAGCUACAUUUGGCCAACAGAGAGGGUCAGUUAUGGGUCUGUGACAGCUGGAAUGUAAUCAGAAAGAUAAACUUCAGUGAAUUAUAAAGAGGGAAAUGCACUUUUUUAAUCCACAUCUUGCAGACAUUAUGGUAAUUUCCCAUGGAAAUUGAAAUGUGUUCAAUAAUUUAUUAUAAACUGUAUUAAACAAAAAUAUUGCUUCACUGCAA